UACGCCAGCACUUCUCGCCUCCGCGAUUAUUUUUACACUUAGCUCGCAAAGGUUAAAUCUCGUUUUAAAUAUCGUAAUUUGAAGUUUUACCAGCCUGGAAAAAUUUAAUUUCCACUCGAGUUUACUCGGUCGGGAAAGCUAGUUUCCAAAGCAAAAGGAUGUAAUAACAACUUUAAUUGGAAAGGAAACCAUUAUGAAUUUCAUCUGAUAAAGGGGUUUGACGGCAGAUAUUUCAGGAUCUAUGUACUAUUAGUUACCCACCCCUUCCAAUACAAUUUCGAACAUGAGCUUUUUUGGAUUUGGACAAAGUGCAGACGUAGAGAUAGUGUUAGACGGUGCUGAUACUAGAACGCAGGCAGAAAUAAAGACUGAAGAUGGAAAGAAAGAGCGACAUUUGUUGUACUACGAUGGAGAGACUGUUUCUGGGAAGGUCAAUAUAAGAUUAAAGAAGCCAGGCAGUAAGUUAGAACAUCAGGGUAUUAAAAUAGAAUUUAUCGGCCAAAUUGAAUUGUACUACGAUCGUGGGAAUCAUUACGAUUUUACAUCCCUUGUAAAAGAAUUGGUGAGACCUGGGGAACUGCUUCAAAACACGACGUAUAAUUUUGAGUUCCUGAAUGUAGAAAAACCUUUUGAGUCUUAUACAGGCUCAAAUGUCAGACUCAGGUACCUUUUGAGAGUCACUAUAGUUCGCCGAAUAUCAGAUAUUACUAGAGAAAAAGAAAUAGUAGUGCAUACAUUAUCUUCAUAUCCAGAAAUGAACAAUAGUAUUAAAAUGGAAGUGGGAAUAGAGGAUUGCCUGCAUAUUGAAUUUGAAUACAAUAAAAGCAAGUACCAUUUGAAAGAUGUGAUCGUUGGAAAGAUUUAUUUCCUUUUAGUACGAAUAAAGUUAAAACACAUGGAAAUCUCGAUAAUCAAAAAGGAAACCACAGGUUCUGGUCCAAACACUUUUGUUGAAAAUGACCAAAUAGUAAAAUAUGAAAUAAUGGAUGGUGCACCUGUAAGAGGAGAAAGUAUUCCUAUACGAUUAUUUCUUAGCUGUUAUGAUCUUACACCAACCAUGAAAGACAUAAAUAAGAAAUUUAGCGUUAAGUACUUUUUGAAUUUAGUGCUGAUGGAUGAAGAAGAUAGGCGUUACUUUAAACAACAGGAAAUAACUUUAUGGCGUAAAGGAGAAAAAUCUCUUAAGGGUCAUAGUUCAUCUCCACAUGUACCGAACCAUUUGGUCUCUGGAGAAGGUGGUCCAAAAGCGGCUGAACCGCCUCGAGCCACACCCACAACACCUGAAGCCAGUACAUUUGAAGAUUUUCAGCGUGAAGAGGAUUCCCCGACUGCAGCAGAGGGGACUAAUGAUGCUGCCCCACAGGCAAACACUGUAAUUAAAACAGAGUCCGACGAGGCAGAAGAAAAACCACCGCUUACCACCGAAUUAAAUCAAGAGGAGGGAGGAGGUAAAGAGGCAAAAGACAAGACAGAAGAAUGAUGUCUCUAGUCAGCUAUACCUCUUCAAAAAAAAAAAAAAGUAGUAAGAGUAUUACUCGUUAUUUGUGUGACGCUGCAGUGUU